AGGAGCAUCCAGGGCGGCCACCGCGGCAGCGGCUGAACUUUGCUCUUUCGCGGGAGGCGGGGAGAGCCCGGGGCGCGGGGAGCGGGUCCCGCCGGUCCGGCUGCAUGCGGCGGCGGCGGCGGGGCCCGUAGGGAGGGGGGGGGUCGGGUCGGGGGGGGGUGGGGGGCAGCGCCGCUGCCUCCUUCCUUCCGUCCGUCCGUCCGUCCGUCCGUCCGUCCGUCCGUCCAUCCGUCCGUCCGUCCUCCCGGGGCCGCGCGGAGCGGAGGAGCGGAGCGGCGGUUCCCGCAUGCGGCGGAGCCCCGGGGGGGGGGAUGCUGCGCGCCGCGCCCCGCUCCCGCCGCAAAGUUUGCGCGGGGCCCCCCCGCUGAUCCUCAGCGGCGAGGAGAAAGGAAGGGGGGGGAGGAGAACGAGACCCAAACGGCCGAACAACAACAGCCGAAAAAAAAAUAGCCCGCUCCCUUCCCCCCCCCCUCCCCCCCGCCCCCAACCCCCCGAAGGGGAAAAGAAAACCAAAAAGCCGAUCGAACCCACGGCGGCCCCGGGAAAACUUGCCGAACUCGCUCCGCUCCAUGCGGCGCUGACCCGCAGCCAUGGCCAUGGUGGCCGGCGGGUGGGGAGAGCCCAACGGCGGCGGCGGAGCGGCGGAGGAGGCGGCGUCCCCCGCGGGCGGCGGCAGCGACGCGGAGCACGGCGAGGAGGAGCGGCCCGGAGCGGCGGUGGACUGCGUGGUGUGCGGGGAUAAAUCCAGCGGGAAGCACUACGGCGUCUUCACCUGCGAGGGCUGCAAGAGCUUCUUCAAGCGCAGCAUCCGCAGGAACCUCAGCUACACCUGCAGGUCCAACCGUGACUGCCAGAUCGACCAACACCACCGCAACCAAUGCCAGUACUGCCGCCUGAAGAAGUGCUUCCGUGUGGGGAUGAGGAAGGAAGCCGUGCAGAGGGGCCGCAUCCCCCCCACGCACUCCAGCGCCAGCCCCACAGCCAUGCCCAGCGGGGAGUACUUCAACGGGCAGCCGGUAUCCGAGCUCAUCUCACAGCUGCUGCGGGCCGAGCCCUACCCUGCCGCCCGCUACGGCUCUCAGUACGCUCAGCAGGGCAGCGUGAUGGGCAUCGACAACAUCUGCGAGUUGGCCGCCCGCCUGCUCUUCAGCACGGUGGAGUGGGCGCGCAACAUCCCCUUCUUCCCCGAGCUGCCCGUCUCCGACCAGGUGGCCCUGCUGAGGCUCAGCUGGAGCGAGCUCUUCGUGCUCAACGCGGCGCAGUCGGCGCUGCCGCUGCACAUGGCCCCGCUGCUGGCGGCCGCCGGCUUCCACGCCUCCCCCAUGUCAGCCGACCGCGUGGUCUCCUUCAUGGACCAGAUCCGCAUCUUCCAGGAUCAGGUGGAGAAGCUCAACCGGCUGCAGGUGGACUCGGCUGAGUACAGCUGCCUCAAAGCCAUCGCGCUCUUCACGCCGGACGCCUGCGGCCUGUCGGACCCAGCACACGUGGAGGGGCUGCAGGAGAAGGCGCAGGUGGCGCUGACGGAGUACGUGCGCUCCCAGUACCCAUCGCAGCCGCAGCGCUUCGGGCGGCUCCUGCUGCGCCUGCCUGCCCUGCGCGCCGUGCCUGCAGCCCUCAUCUCACAGCUCUUCUUCAUGCGCCUGGUGGGGAAGACGCCCAUCGAAACACUAAUCAGGGACAUGCUGCUGUCUGGGAGCACCUUCAACUGGCCCUAUGGGACGGGGCAGUAGGGAUGGCGAUGCUCCCGCUGUGCCCUGGGGACCCCGCGAUGCCAGCCCGGCCCCCCCCCAACCCCCCUCUUCAGCCCCACAAAUGCUGCCCUGCGGUGCCACCCGGGAGGGUCCGAACUGUGCAAGAGAAGGGGAACCCUGAGAGCUGCACGGCCACAGCGCUGCGCUCCGGAACCCAAAGGUACUGCUCCUCACUGCAGGUGGAUGUUGGACUCCUCCCGGACCCCAUCACGCAGCCCCAGCAGCAGUCCUGGCUCUGGGAAGGGGCUCUGGGACCCCCACCCGAAUUGCAGACGUCGGGGUGGAGGUGAUGGAGCACACAGAUGAGAGGCUCUGAAAAGCCCCUUUUGUGCCCUCCAGGACUGAAGCACCAGCCCCGGAGCAGAGGAAUGCCCACCCCUCCCCCUGGGGGGGCACAGGGUGGUGUUGGGGGGGGGGGGGGGAGGGGAAGAUGGGAUGGGGUCACAGAGCACCGUGCACAGGGGGGUGCAAUGAGAGGGGUCUUUGGGUGCACUGCACCCAGCCCAGCCCCUGUGGCUCACUCCAUCCCCACUGCCUGCUUGGUGCUUGGUUCCCCCCCCAUGGAUUUGGGGUUGGGGGGGGGGGGGGGAUGGAUGUGAGCAUCCUCCCAUUAUGCUCUGUUCCUAUGCUUCAUUUCCAAGCCAGGACCCCCUGAGAGGGAUGCAGGUGGUGGGGAGGGAACCAAAAAUCCAGAGGGAGGUGGGGGGGGGGGUUGAAUGGGGAUGGGGAUACCCCACAUUUCCCCCCCCCCUCCUCCUCCAGGUCCUUGCAGCGGGGCUCUGCGUCUCAGGGGUACGCACUGUGUGAGCAGUGCAGGGUUGGGGGGGGGGGGGGGGGGCGGUCAUUUAGAUUGAUUCACUGAAAACAACAACCCUAUAAUCCUUGUUCAAUGAUACUAAACCAAUUAACGGACAUCAAUAAAGAUGUUUCUUACAA